AGACUCUCUUUACAGUCCAAAUCCCCAUAAUAAAACCUCUUCUCCAACUCUUCAAAUCCUUCCAAACAAACAAGUAAAGGAGAAAAACUAAAGUCAAUCAUGGAGACUUGUAUCAUUCUUGCUUUCACCACCCUCUUCACACUUAUCUCUUCUUCUUCUUCUUCUUCUUUGGUCACUGACUUCCACGCCUUGGCGUCUAUGAAGAAAGACUUCUCGUCUUCUUCUUCUUCUUUGCCAAACCCAGUGUUGGAAUCUUGGGACACUUCGAAUCGGAGCUCGGUCUGUUCUUGGGUAGGAAUCGAAUGCGCCCGCGGGCGCGUCGUUUCGGUCAACCUGUCGGGCUUGGGUUUGACCGGGCCCGUCCCGCCCGAAAUAUCUGGCAUGGACGGGCUGUCAGAGCUUAGGCUCGACGGGAAUAACUUCACAGGGGAAAUCAAGAUUGGGAAUGGGAUGAAGGGGCUGAGAUUUCUGAACAUAUCCAACAACAUGUUCAGUGGGGGGCUUGAUUGGAAUUUCUCCUCUUUUGAGAGUCUCCAAGUUCUUGAUGCCUACAACAACAACUUCACAGCUCUCUUGCCUGUUAAGGGCAUUUUGGGGUUAAAAAAGUUGAGGCAUUUGGAUUUGGGUGGGAAUUUCUUCUAUGGUGAAAUCCCAAAAGGGUAUGGGGAUUUGGCUGGUCUAGAGUACUUGUCACUUGCUGGGAAUGACCUCCAUGGGAAGAUUCCCCAAGAACUUGGGAAUCUCACAAGCUUGAAGGAGUUGUACUUGGGGUACUACAAUGUCUAUGAAGGUGGGAUUCCAAUGGAGUUUGGGAAGAUGGAGAAUCUUCUUCACUUGGACAUGUCAAGCUGUGGAUUGGAUGGAGAGAUUCCUUCCCAAUUAGGGAAUCUCAAGAAUCUUGACACUCUGUUUCUCCACAUUAAUCUCCUCUCUGGUUCCAUCCCAAGAGAGCUUGGGAACCUCUCUGCUUUACAGUCUCUUGAUCUUUCAGACAAUUCUUUGACUGGGGAAAUCCCACCUGAGUUCAGAAGCUUCAAGAAUCUCCAUCUCCUUAACCUCUUCAUGAACCGGCUCCACGGAUCGAUCCCAGAUUUCAUUUCCGGGUUCCCAGAGCUCCGGGUGCUCGGGCUAUGGAAGAACAACUUCACCGGAGUUGUUCCCCGGAGCCUGGGCCGGAACCAGAAGCUCCGGGAACUCGAUUUGUCGUCGAACAAGCUGACCGGGACCAUCCCGGAGAACCUCUGCUCGUCUAGGCGGCUGAGAGUGCUGAUUCUGUUGAAGAAUUUCUUGUUCGGGCCGGUCCCGGAAGAUCUGGGCUCGUGUUCUAGUCUUGUGAGGGUGAGAUUGGGAGAUAAUUACUUGAAUGGGAGUAUCCCGGAGGGGUUUCUUUACUUGCCGGAGUUGAAUUUAGUUGAGCUUCAGAAUAAUCUGUUGACCGGAGCUUUGCCGGAAAACAGGGGUGUAUCUUCGAAGCCGGUUUCUUUGGGAAGAUUGAAUCUUUCUAAUAAUAAGAUUUCUGGUUCUUUGCCGGUGUCACUAUCCAAUUUCACUUCCCUUCAGAUUCUCCUCCUCGGCCAGAAUAAUUUCUCCGGUCCCAUUCCGGCGUCCGUGGGUGAGCUCCGGCAGGCUCUGAAGAUUGACCUGAGUGGGAAUUCUCUGUCCGGAGAAAUCCCCGGCGAGAUCGGGAACUGCUUUCAUCUCACAUACUUGGAUUUAAGCCAGAACAAUCUUUCCGGGCCAAUCCCGACCCAGAUUUCCGAAAUUCGGAUAUUGAAUUACCUCAAUUUGUCGAGGAACCACCUGACCGGCGACUUCCCUAAGUCCGUCGGGGCAAUGAGGAGCCUAACCGCGGCUGAUUUCUCCUUCAACGAUCUUUCCGGGAAGCUGCCGGAAUCCGGGAUCUUCAACGCCACGUCAUUCGCCGGCAACCCGCGCGUCUGCGGGCCGUUACUCAACAACACCUGCAAUUUCGCCGUCGUGUCCUCCCAGCCCGGAAACUCCCUUGCAGCCGACUUCAAGCUCGUAUUCGCCGUGGGCCUCUUGCUCUGCUCCCUGGCUUUCGCGACGGCGGCCAUAAUAAAGGCCAGGUCUUUCCAGAAAACCGCCUCCGGCGGGUCCUGGAAACUGACCUCAUUCCAGAAGGUGGAUUUCACGGCGGAGGAAGUGGUGGACUGCGUCAGAGACGGGAACGUGAUCGGGAAAGGAGGAGCAGGGGUGGUCUACCACGGGAAAACCGGGAACGGGUCGGAAAUCGCCGUGAAAAAACUUGCCGGAUUCAACCGGAAAUCCAAGAACGACCACGGAUUCCGGGCGGAGAUCGAGACGCUGGGGAACAUCCGGCACCGGAACAUAGUCCGGCUACUGGCGUUCUGUUCCAACAACAGAGACACCAACCUGCUCGUCUACGAGUACAUGAAGAACGGGAGCUUGGGCGAAGCGCUUCACGGCGGCGGCGGGAAAAAAUGCGGCGGCGGGAUGAUGAUGAGCUGGAACCAGAGGUACAAGAUCGCGGUGGAAUCGGCGAAGGGGCUGUGCUAUCUCCACCACGACUGCUCGCCGUUGAUCGUGCACAGAGACGUGAAAUCGAACAACAUUCUUCUGGAUUCCAACUACGAAGCCCACGUCGCCGACUUCGGGCUGGCGAAGUUCUUGGUGGACGGCGGCGGCGCCUCCCAGUGCAUGUCGGCGAUCGCCGGCUCCUAUGGCUACAUCGCCCCUGAAUACGCGUACACACUGAGAGUGGACGAGAAGAGCGACGUGUACAGCUUCGGAGUAGUGCUGCUGGAACUCCUCACGGGGCGGCGCCCCGUGGGGGACUUCGGGGAGGGGGUGGACAUAGUGCAAUGGAGCAGGGUGGCGACGGCGGGCGGGCGGCGGGAGGAGGUGGCGGCCGUUUUGGACCCCAAACUUGCCGUCGUCCCCAAGGAGGAAGCCGCGCACCUCUUCUUCAUCGCCAUGCUUUGCGUGCAGGACAACAGCGUGGAGCGGCCCACCAUGAGAGAGGUGGUGAUGGACAAUGGCUUGAUCACAUUGACACUCACGAACCCAGCCGGAGGAAUGGCAGGGAUUCGAUACCAAGGAAUUGAUAAUGUGCUUGAAAAUGAUUUCAAAGAAACAGAUAGAGGGCUUCCAGCUACACAAUUUAGAGUAAUCAUAUCAAAUGAAAACCAAAUUGAAGUUUCAUUCACAAAGACUUAUAAUCCAAAAGAUUCUUCCAGUCUUUCUCUAAACGUAGAUAAAAGGUACGUAAUGUUGUGUGGCCAAUCAGGCUUCUACACGUAUGCAAUCUAUGAACAUCUUCAAGGUUGGCCUGGCGUGGACCUUGGCCAAGCUCGUAUUGCCAUCAAGCUCCAAAGAAGAUUAUUCAACUUUAUGGCAAUAUCAGAUGACAUACAAAGAGAAAUGCCUAGUGACAAUGAUCGUUGUAAGGGAAAAAUUCUCGAUUAUAAAGAAGCCGUUUUACUAACCAAUCCAUCCAAUCCUACUAUGAAGGGAGAGGUGGAUGAUAAAUACCAAUACGCGUUAGAAAACAAGGAUAUUAAAGUGCAUGGAUGGAUUUGUCCCAAACCACAUGUUGGAUUUUGGAUCAUCACCGGUUCCAACGAGUUUCGCUCUGGAGGCCCAAUAAGACAAGAUCUCACUUCUCAUGUCGGUCCAACUGCCUUGUCGAUGUUUUUUAGCGGGCAUUAUGCUGGCGACAACUAUGGCGUUAGCUUGAGAAACGGUGAAUCUUGGAAAAAGGUCUUUGGACCAGUUUUUAUUUAUCUUAAUUCUGAUCUUGGCACUGACCCACAACCUCUUUGGAAUGAUGUUAAAAGACAGAUGACUGUAGAAAGUAGCAGCUGGCCUUAUGACUUUCUCAAGUCAGAAGACUAUCCAAGUGCUAGUCAACGUGGUACAGUUACAGGACGACUGUUAAUACGUGACAGGUACCUAAGCGACAAAGUUAUUCCAGCAAAAUCUGCAUACGUCGGUCUGGCUUCACCGGGCGUUGAUGGAUAUUGGCAAGAAGAUGCAAAGGGGUAUCAAUUUUGGACACGAACAGAUGACAAUGGAUAUUUUCAAAUCAGUGCAGUAAGACCAGGAACCUAUAACUUGUAUGGUUGGGUUCCUGGGAUCUUGGGAGACUAUAGAAACAAAGUUGACAUUAUAAUACAACCAGGAGAAAAAUUAAGCCUAGGUGAACUUUUGUUUGAUCCUCCUAGAAAUGGCCCAACAAUAUGGGAAAUUGGCAUCCCAGAUAGAAAGGCAACAGAGUUCUUCAUCCCUGACCCUGCACCUAACCUCAAGAACUAUGCAUUGCUCAAUCAACCUGAAAAGUUUAGGCAGUAUGGGCUCUGGGAUCGGUAUACCGAUUUAUUCCCUCUCCAAGAUUUGGUUUUCACGAUUGGGAAAAGCGACUACCAAAGAGAUUGGUUUUUCGCACAUGUCAGCCGGAAAGUUGGGGGCAAUGUGUAUGCACAAACAACGUGGACAAUAUCAUUCACAAUGGACAAUGUUAACCCUGCAGGAACCUACACACUUCGAAUCGCAAUAGCUGCCACCAACUUGGAAAAAAUUGAUGUUUUGAUCAACAAUCCAAAUGGACGUCCAAUAUUCACAACGGAUGGAAGUGUAAGAGACAAUGCCAUCGCCCGACACGGAAGCCACGGGUUGUAUACCCUUUCGAGUUUUGAAUUUCAGGGAAGUGAGCUUGUGAAGGGAGAGAAUAAUUUAUAUUUGAGACAAACAAGAAAAGGAGAUAAAUUCAAUGGAGUCAUGUAUGACUACAUCCGUUUGGAAGGGCCACCCUUCUAAUAUUUUGGUAUCCAUUAUUAGCUGGUGGGUUUUGCGCAGUUGGCAAGACAAAGAGUGCCAAUGAGGUAAGGUCUGAGUUCAUUUUCUGGCAAUUGCGUUGGAAAGCAAGUAUGCUAGGCAUAGAGCCUCUGCAAGUACCAUGUGUAGGCUCCACUUUUUGCCACUAGUCUGCGAUCAAAGUCUAAUUUACCUCCUCUCAGUUACCGUCCGGCCAGGUUUGAGGGCCCUUGGGGAUGGGGCU